AUGGGCGAAGCUCGAAGCUCCGAGGCCAAGAUGGACAAUCAAUCAUGGAGAAAAAAGCCUCGCAAAUUCGCCCCAAAGUCAAGACUAGGCUGUAAAACGUGCAAAAUACGGCGGAUCAAAUGCGAUCUGGCUCAGCCUUCAUGCUUGAAGUGCCGGUCCACAGGUCGCACCUGUGACGGUUAUGGUGAUGUCGCUGAUGUCCCCUCGACUUUCAGUGCCGAGGUUGGACACGAACGUCACGACAUCGAGCACCAGACUACCGGCCAAGAUUCCACAGCUACAAGUGUGACAGUACGAACAAGAUAUGACAUUAAACUCGAUGGAGUCCUCCUACAGACCCCUGGAGCUUUCAUGAUCUUACCAGUAACUGAACCAAAACAGGCGGAGGCUCUGGGCUUCUUUGAGAAUGUUGCGAUAAAAAAUAUCAAUGAAUAUCGGCCAUGCAGUUCAUGGCGUAAGACUCUCAUGUUCUUUUCUCAAACCGAGCCAUCAGUUCGAUGUGCCGCCAUUGCUCUGGCCCUGAUGCACCGCAAUCAGCUGGAUCGAGUUUCUGGCUACGGUUUACAACAACCACGAGUCCCGGACGACGCUCCCUUGCUUUACUACAAUCGAGCCAUUCAACUGCUUCUUAGCCAGAAGAGUAAUGAUGACACUCAGGCAGCAGCCAUCACUCUUUUGGUUUGCUAUCUAUUUACCUGUUUUGACCAUCUGGCUGGCAACUAUGUCCAAGCCAUGAAACACCUCCGCGGAGGCAUAGAGCUCUCUCGUAACAUCGAUCAAACGACGUCGAACGAACAUGGCGCCUUUUAUGAUGUAAAACCUUCGGGAGCUCAAGACCUCAUUUAUCAAGUCACAAGACAAUUCCACCGCCUGGACUUGCAGGCUGUGAUGUUUCUCAUCGACUGGACGCCUACCGAUAGUCAAGACAGCUAUUUUCCCCAGCUCUCAAUAUCAAAUACUACCUUCCAGUCCAUCGAACAAGCGGCCGAUCACCUCCAGAUCCUCGUUACUCAAGUGAUGAGACUACGUAACACGGAGCAGGAAUUAUCUCCACAGGGGGAGAUGCCCCCAUUGCCACCGCCAUUUAAGGGUAUCACCCUUGGACAGCUAGAAUCAUGGUCAGAUCUUUUCGAACACAUGUUGCAACAAGAAAACUCCCAUGAGACAGCAUCUGAGUCAAAUGCUCUGAUCUCUCUGUUGCGUCUGCAACAUACCAUAGCAUGGACUUUGCUCAAAAGUCCCGGCCCUGAAAAGGAAAUGGGCUAUGACAGCUUCCUACCCCAGUUUCGGCAAUGCGUGGCCCUGGCGCGCGACGUAGCGGCAGCCCAUGAACGGUAUUCAGGGUCACUGAAGCCUACUUUCACGCCCGAGAUUGGAAUUGUCCCCGUGCUCUACAUGAUUGGGGUCAAAUGCCGCGAUCCUACAGUACGUCGCGAGGUUUUGGAUAUUUUGCAGCGACAAACGAUACAGGAGGCGGUUUGGGACAGUAUCUCUACUGCUCGGGUAGUAGAACGGGUGAUCGAGAUUGAGGAGGACGGGUCUCGAGAAGGGGAAGCGAUACAGAGUAUGGAGCAAAUACCUGUGUGGAAAAGGGUUGAGGCGAUGUCUUGGGUACUGUCUCCUGGCCAGAUGGACAUUACGUAUACUUUCUGCGAGCGGGAGGGAAUACAUCUUGAGUCUCUCUCAAUAUAA